AUGUCGGCGGGCUUCUCCUUCGGAGCCGGGACUCUGCCUUCGGCUACAGCAGCUGCUGCUGGUACUGGAGGCGGCGGCGGAGGGGGCUUCUCGUUUGGAGGCACCCCGAGGUAAGCGGGGGCGGGGGGGGGAGAAGUGUGGAGGCACCUCGGGCGGAGCGGGGAGUAGACUUGGCCGGCAGGGCUCGGUUGAGGGCAUCGCCUCGCUGCCAUUAUUAUCCUCGGCUUGUUACGUAGAACACGCGCGCCCAAGUUGCUCGAGGCUGCGCACGUGGCUCCCUCCCCAUCCCAACCCUGUGAGGUAGGCUAUGCUGUGCGGUGAAAAUAUCUCCCAUCCCCAGCUUCGUGGCUGAAGCUGGGAUUUUAGCCUGGGUCUUCCAGAGCCCACCCUGGGAUUUAUUUUGAAGUGUGCUGUGAACAGCAGCCGAAGUGAAGUACUUAAAAAAAAAAAAAUCUCAACUAGAAUUUCAGCGAUAAAAGCAUGAUUAUGAUUAUUUGAAUUUGUAUACUGCUCUAUACCCAGAGGUCUCUAGGCGGUUCACAGAACAAAAUCAAAAUAUAAAACCACAAAAAACAUUAUCAAAAACAACCCAAUAACCCCCAUAUAUAAUAGUUGCCACAAUAUGUCCAGCUUGCAGGGUGAAGUGAUUUUGGAUGUCUCAGAAAGAGCCACAAUAAAUAAUAGCUAAACUCAAAAGCAAAACCUAAGACGGCAAUUGUAGUCACACAUUGGGUUAAGUCCCAUUGGGCUCAGUGGGACUUGCUUCUGGGUAAGUGUGCAUCUGGGAUGGUGAAUCUAGGGGAGAAACAAGUAUGUCCUGUGAAGAAUGUUAGAUAUCUGCAGAUUGCUGGCUGUUUUCUUUUGGACAAAAUAAAAAAAAUCCUUCCUGUAGCACUUUAGAGACCAACUAAGUUUGUUAUUGGUAUGAGCUUUCAUGUGCGUGCAGACAUCUCCUGUAGUUAAGCCAGCUGUACUCAGCUUCUCUGAAGGAAUAAUCCAAACAUCAUGAGCCUUCUGCUUGUUUCUUUCACACAGAGAAGCUUCCAGAACCCUCUUGAAUUAAUUAGAAUAGGAAAGAUCUCUCCACAUCUGACCAAUACUUUCUGUACCAAGAAAUGCAAACUGAUAAGGCCAUGCUUGUUUAUGCUGGAAAUUCACUUGCCAUUUAAAUAAUAGUAAACAGGUACAUAAUGUUGCAACGCAGAGUGUUCCUGUUCAGCUCCCUCACCUCCCUUGCUCCCCCUGCAGCAGCCAGCCACUAUUUUAUGGUUGCUGAGCAUCCUCAUUCCUCACAGCUCUUUAGGAGGUAUUUAUGUCACAGAAUCAUAGAAUCAUAGAACUGUAGAGUUGGAAGGGACCCUGAGGAUCAUCUAGUCCAACCCCCUGCAAUGCAGGAAUAUGCAGCUGGCCCAUACAGUUUCUGUUCUUAAAUUUUCCUGUACUUCUCCAGCAGUCAGGAUUCCCACUAGCCUCUUGUGUUUUCGAUGGUGCUGUUUUAAGUGCAUAAGGUAACUGAUUUCACUAUUAGCAUAGAGGAUAAAAAUGAUGGAAGGGGUUUAGGCUAAGUUCACCAUCACAUUGAACACACUAUGUUUUUGUGUUCUUUUUCCCUCAAUGUUCUUUACCCUGAUUGCGUUGUGUCUGACACUCAGGGUGUUAAAACAUCAAAUAAACUUUACAAGUCCUGAUAAGAAUAGCUGUCAGAUUUUAUUUGUGUUGUACUUGCAGCUGCUUUCCAUAUUGUGGCUAUGAUAGAGCUCAUCUGCACUGUCUUAUAAUAUAUUACAUUCGUACUGUCGUAACUUUAAGCCAUUUAAACCUGCUGGUUACACCAUUAUUAAUUUUGCAACACAGACAUUCCAUGUCUGAAAUGUUAUAUGAGAUGCAAAACAGAGUUGGCAGCAAUUAUAGAAGCUGCUUGUUGUGUUAUUACUGGAGAGCCAACAGCAUCUCGUAAACUUUUCUGCCUGAUAGAUGAUGGUGAGUGAACAAUAGUAGAAAUUGAAAACCAUGUAUGAAAUGUGUUGCAUUGCUAUAAGGAUUUUUUAUUCUACUUCAGUCUGAAAAAGAGCUCACUUUUAAUCUGCUAAUAACUUAUUUUAAAACUUGUUCUGGGAUGUGAGAAAUAAAGUUAACUGUAUAUCUCCGGGAUAGUCAGGCCCUACCCUUCAGACUGAAAAUGUAAAGAAUUUUGUGUUUCCUAAAAUAUUCCCAGUAAUGUCAGAGGUUUAGUUUGAGAGCCGCUUCAUUCUAGUGGACUGCUUUUGAUUCAGCUUGAGUUGAAAUCACUAAUGUCUUUGGAUCUCUGUCUGUCCCUUUCCAUAUAGGGUUCUGAAACAUAUAAUUAGUUACUUGAUUAUGUUAACACUGCAAAUGCAAUUGGUUGUUUUAAGUGUUUGUCUGUGUUAAAAUAAUGAUAGUUAGCAACAAAAAAACCCAAAAAAGGCAACAUAAAUCUUGGUUGACUUGAGGGUGAAAUAUCUGCUGGUAGCAUUUACGUUCAUAUUAAACAGAGAAAUAUGGAAGAGGCAUUUUGACUUUCAAACUGUUCUGUAGAACUACUGCAAUGAAGAAAUAAAAAAAAGAACGUGUGUUAAAUUUAACUAAUUUAUUUGUCUUGUAAUGUAGCUCAACUGGAGGGCUUAAUUUUGGGACAUUGGGCUCGACAGCUACAGCAACUACAACCGCUUCAUCGGUAGGCUUUGGAACUGGACUUUUUAGCUCAAAACCUGCCACUGGUUUUACAUUGGGAGGGGCUAAUACAGGUAAAAUAUUAUAUUUCUACACUUUUAAGAUGAGACAAGUAUAAUGACAUUUGAAAUGUGUAAAAAAUAUAGUAGGUUAUAAAUAGCCAUAUAUGCAUUUGGUUAAAAAUAACACUUUAUAUACCUGUAUACUAGACAAGCAUAUAUGGAACUGUAGUUGUUUGCAUGUACUGUAUAGUGAUAUAAUAUAUCUUUUUUUCUUUUCUCUUUAUGCAUUUUUUAUUUUUACUUUAUUUUGUUCAAUUGAAAAAUAAAAAAGGUGAGCCUUGAACUGAUAAAUGAUUUGAGAAUUAGUGAUGAGAAUUAGUGGCAAAAUGCAGGAGUAGCUAAAAUUUCAGAUAAUAUUCAGUAAUUUUGCUCCUUGCCAAAAAUAUUUAUAUCUUCAUUAUUAGAAGCGCUCUCUGGUUAUAUAGUAUUAUUAGAGAGCUGAUAAUGUAUUUUUUUAAAAAAUUAUGCAUUUUACAUAUCUUAAUAUAUCAGUUAUACAAUUGUCAUCGUUUAUCUCACACUCUGACUUCCACACACAUCCCUCUGUGGGGUCCUAUUUAGUCCUUGUUAAGCUGCAUCUCCUUAAUUACCGCCCCUCUUCUGCUUAUUUUAUCUGCUGCUCAUAUACCUAACGCCACUUGGAAGUUUAUCUGAUUGUUAUAUUUCUUUUAAUAUUCGCCAAAGUAUUCCCACUCUUCUUUUAUAUCCAACUCAUCUUGGUUUCUUAUCUUUGCAGUCAACAUUGCUACUCCGCAUAUUCUAUUAGCUUAUUCUGCCAGUCUAUUUUUGUCCUUCCACCUUUGGGCAUAAAUUAUUCUGGCCACUGUUUUUGCAUAGAGGAAAAAAGACUUAAGUACUUUCUUGGGUAUUUCUCCCUCUACUAUACUCAGUAAGAACAUCUCUGGUUUCUUGGGAAAUGAGACCCUUAACAUCUUUUUUAGUUCUGAGUAUAUCAUCUCCCAAUACUCUCUGGCUUUCUUACAACCCCACCACUUGUGUAUAAAUGUCCCUUCGAUCUGCUGAUAAUGGAUUUUAAGUCACUAAUUUGGGGUCAGUGAUAAAUCUAUUAGGCAACUGGCAAUAGAAGUGUGGUUUAUUAAACUCAGGGUUUUUUGUACUAUUACACAGGAACAGCAACCACCAUGGCUACAGGAUUGACACUUGGUAAGUGCUAUAUUUUCAAAGCUAGCUUUGCUUUUUCUUUAAAUGGGGUGUGACUUUCAGAGCUGCCCAAAUGAAAAGUUCUGGAUUUGGAUGAUGAGAGACUAGGAAUGCUGGAUAAACCCCAAAGAUGACUAAAGUGUCAAGAAGAAAAAUAUGGAAGUAAAAACUGUAGAUAAUGAUACAUUAGGAACAUAUACUCAAAUAUUUACUUGGUUGGUUCAAAUCCAGAUGUAACAUUCAGCUCCCCACCUCCUUUCCACGGCAUUGUUAGCCUUUCUGUCCCCCAGUCUCCAAAGCGCUCAAUUAUCCAUGUGUUGUUAUGAUAUGUGCUAUUCAAUUUCUAAAACCUGCCUAUGUGAUAUUUUCCCAUUAUCUUUCUAUUUGUUUCCCUGUUUUCUUCAUUUUCUUCAUGUUCUUUUUAUCAAGUGUGUCUCUUUCUCCCAUUUUUCUCAAAGGUGUCUGUAUUCAGGCCACAGCCACAGUCCAUAGCCGUCAACAAUUCUGCUUCCGCACUCUGUAUAAUCUGUUAAGGGUGUCCCAUUGAUAUGAGUUAGAAUUGAGCUAGCAUGUCUUGGUUGUGAUCCUAUGCCUGAUGCAGCUUGGGUACGAUCCUGGACUGGGCCCUGCUUCCAGGUAUCCAGGUUGUAGAAGUGGUCAGAAGUAUACUUUUAUCAGGUGCAUCUGAUUCUUCAUCCAGUCGCUCCUUAGUUAAAAGGACUAGGCCACUGUCCCUUAUGCAUGGUGAUCUCUGAGUUGGACUACAGUAAAGUACUCUGUGUAGGGCCACUAUUGAAGCUGGUAAGUGAUAGCUGGUGCCAAAUUCUUCUGCCUGUGUUUUGACCAGAAUGGCCCAAAGAGUAUAUUGUGUCGCUUAUUGUCCACUUGAUCUGUCUACAGUUUCUGGCUACUAUCCUUGGUCCUGAUGUAAAGCAGUGAAUAGCUUGGACCCAUUAUAUUCUCAUUAUAUUCUAGGUUCUCCAAUGCUCUGAGAUGAACCAGAAACCUUGUUUCAGGUGAUACAUAUUAAAAACAUGAAACUUGUAGGUGCCCAGGGUUGACCUUCCCCAGUGGUGGUGAUGAUUUUGUCAUCGUAUCCCCUGGGAACAGGGGACAACAGUGCUGGGAAGCAGUGCAUAUAUUAUUGGUAAUUUUUUUUUAAGAAUUUCAGAAGCAUUCAAAAUAUGGGAAGCUUGGCUAUCUCUUACUGCUAGUGCCUAUUGUUAAAUGUGUUUCACUGCUUUGAGUCUAAUGGAAGAGUGAUUGAAAAAAUGAAUGUGGCUUCACUCACUUUUCACUGGCUAUAUACAGAUCUAGAGUAAUAAAUUUAGAAUUUUUAAUUUUACUGAACAUACCCAGUUUAAGUGGCAUCAAAACAAGAAUGACAUUUUAUUGUUCUUUUACAGGCACACCUGCUUCUACUUCUGCAAGUACCCCAGGACUUAGUCUAGGAUUCAGCAAACCUGCAGGAUCAGCCACACCAUUUGCUUUGCCUAUCUCUUCUGCCACCUCUGGCCUCUCACUUUCUUCUGCUCUUGCAUCUGCGCCAGCAACAGGUAAUAUACACUUACAGUUUUGUGUUUAAAUCAAAUUUCCAUUGUUCACAAAUGCAUAAUCAUAAUUGUUCCUAAAAAAGAAACCAGGUUAAUCAGUGCAGUUCUGAUAAAGAUGAUUGAACAUUCACAUAAUGGUAUUAGUUUAGUUUGGUACACUGAAUUAACUUGAGAACAUGGUACAUGAUAGGAAGCCAGUAUGAAGGAUGCUAAAAGAAGCAUCCUACGUCUGAUAAGAGGAGAAAAGUGCCAAGAAACUCUGCUUUGUUUGUCGUCAAAAUCCCUUUAACUGCAGAGUGAUGUAAGAUUGGAGCGUAUGCAUCAUGCCUAAGGAAUACUUGCCUCAGAAUGUAUGCUGUAAGAUUGGUGUGGGGGAAUCUAUAGCCUUCUAGAUAUUGCUGGACUACAGCAUGUAUCAUUCCUAACCCUUGGCCAUGCUGGCUAGAGUUGGAGCUGAGCAACAUCUGCAUGGCCACAGAUACUUUUCAAAAUUUGCUUUCCUUUAAAAGGAUGUCUGUUGCCCCAAGUCCUCCGGAUGAUUUAGUGCAAGAGUGCUUAAUCCAUGCAAAUAAAUGAUGACAGCGGUAACAGCAGGUAGAAUUUGUGAAAGUUUCUGCCAUAUUGUCCGCAACUGAAUUCCAAUAGUUGUUUAUUUAGCAGGUAAUAAUAGCUGUUAUUAUGAAGGAAAAUCAGCAUGCAUGUCUUCAGCUUACACCUCUGCUUAAUAUUCAGGGUCCACUGGCUUUACGCUGAACUUGGGAGGCACAGCUCCAACCACAACAGUAUCCACAGGACUUUCUCUUGGGGGAGCCUUAGCUGGUUUAGGAGGGACACUCUUCCCAAAUGCAAGCUCAGCUGCUACAGGUGACAAGCCUUUUAAAGUGGUUUCUAGCUGUACUGGUAUAAAAGAAUAUGGAAAAAUUGGUUUUUAAUACGUAAAAAUCUAAUGUUAUAAUAUAUCAACAGUAAAGAUCAGGAUUAAAAAGGAGGGAAAGGAAUUGUUGGACUAACAAAUUGAAUUGGAAUACAAAAGAGGGAGGUAUGAGGAGGUCCAGGAAACAAGUAAAUGUAAGUGAAGCGAUGAAAAGAUGGAAUUGUUUUUAACUGUUUUUUCCUUUUUUGUACUUUGUAUUUUUCUUUCUUUAUUGUUUUUUUAUUAAUGUAAUCUUUUUCUUCUGAAACUUUAAUAAAUAUUAUUUUUUUUUAAAAAAAAGACAAGCCUUUUAUGUGCAUCUACCUCCUCAGAUUCGUCCAAGAUGCGCGUCUUAUCAAGACGGUUGAGAUACUGUGUGUUUUGCUAAUCCUGUCGUGCUAGAACUAAGUAAUUGUUCCUGGUCCUUUAUUUUGAAGUGCUUGGGUUUGUGGUCAUCUACAUUAACAACUAAUAAAUGAACAGCAUCACUUGCUGUGUUACUAUCUAAAAAUUAGAAAUAGUUUGGGGCUCAAGGUCAACAGAGAGUUCUCAUUAGUUAAGUUGCUUUCUGAGAGUUUCUGAGAUAAGUGAAUCAAGGAUGAACCUCUGCCCACCUUAGAGCUUAGAAUAACACCCACAUGGUUGGGUGUUGAUGUUUCUUGGAAGAUUUCUGAAGCUCACGGCCUUAUCCCUACCAUUUUUGGCUGGAGAGCAGGGUUGAUGAUGAACACAAUUUUUUGUUGUCUACGCUUACUACAAGUCUUGUUUUCCCCACAUCUACAUAUGGGUUCUAGCUGUUGAAUGUAGACAUAACAUGCCUUUGAUUUUCACGACUGGCAAUUCAUUGAGGAUAUAUUGCUUCAAAAAUGUUAUAUUCAGACUAUUUUCAAUACUGAUGCAUGACAAUAAAAAGUCUCUGAUACAGUUGAUGGAUUACUUGCAGGGCUCGGACAGAAUGCAUUCGGUUUGACUCUAGGGACGGCUGCAGCACCUGCUACUACAGUUAAUGAAGGUCUUGGUGGCAUAGACUUCAGUAGUUCUUCAGAUAAAAAGAGUAAGUUUUUGUGGAUGCAGCUUUGAAAGGUGUUUCUCCAGGAAUACUUAAUAGGCACUGGCUUUUUUCUGUAACUGCAUGGGGACUCAUUAAAACAACAAAUUCUAAAUCUGUCUUUUAAAAUAAGAAACUAUUUAAUGAAACUAACUGCUUUAUGAUUCUAUUACUCUGGGGUUUUGGUGCCUGGUGCUGAGACGUGUGUUCCCAGUUGCCCCGCAGCUCACCAGUACUGUCCACGUCAGUACUCCAUACACCAGGAGUAGGGAAUUUUUGUUCUGGCCAGAUUUCUACCCCCAGGCUAUUUCCCCAAAUCUGCAGCCACGUCACCUCUGAUCUUAGGUGUGGAGCAGGUAGAGACAUGGCUGGAUCAGCUGCCUGCACACCUGAAACCUGCAAAAAGCAGGAUCCAGCUCCCUGUGCACCAGCUGAUGCACAGAAAAUUCAGUUCUGCUUGGUUCAGGUGCUCAAGUGCGUUCUCCAGGAAAUCCCUAACUCUGCUUGGUCACUUCUCCUUCUCCUCCUCCUCCCAUCUACUUUCCCCCCUGUCUUUAUCUCCGACUGAAGCUCCUAUUACAGCAUGGAUGGGGAACUUGUAGCCCUCCAUAUGUUGUUGAAUUACAGCUCCUAUUAUCCCUGAAUAUGGGCUAUGCUGACUGACCAAUGGGAGUUGUAAUCCAACAGUAUUUGAAGGGCCAUACAUUCUCCACCCUGCCCUGCAGCAUCUGAAACUAUGCCUAGAGCCCCCAUAGGAUGGAUAAUAACAGUGGUUUUAAAAUAUCAGGUUAUUUUUGUUAGAGAAUUGCUGUUUUAAAAACUAAAUAAAUGAAAAAAUGCACUAUUUAAAAUCUGAAUUUAAUGCAGACGUGCUAGUCUGUACUCCAAAAUAAAAUAAUUGCUACCUAUCAAAAUAUGCUUUGAAAACGUCUGACCUGAGAUUGGUUAAAUGACACUAAUAGUGCAAUCCUACCCGUAUCUGGUGACCCUUAAAGUAAAACAAGUCAGGGAACUGGCUGCUGUUUUUUUCAGAAGCUAGCAUUUUUCCAAAUAACAUUUGAAGCUUUUAGCCAAGGGUAAUAGGAGUGGGUAUCCUUUUUAGAAAAGAGAGUCAUUGAUGGUGUUCAGUAUAAGAAACCUAUUGAUAUUUGUAUAAUUCAAACUUAGGAGCAUGUUUUUGUUUAUACUAAGAGUUUUAACUUCCUUUCCCCCUCAGGUGACAAAACAGGAACGAGACCAGAGUAAGUGUACCAAAUAUUCAUAGCUGGAAAAAUACCUGUUGGGACUAAGUCCCUCUUAAAUGGAAGGCAACCAAUAGCUUCUUAUUUUAUUUAAGCAUACAUAAGGUUCUGUACCGCUAAAUAUUCUCAAACCAAGGUACAUAAGAUCAGUGUUAUAAACUAAACAAAAAAAGAGAAAGAUCAGAAGAACAUAAAAUGGGUCAUAUGGAAAGAUAAGCUUGUGUGAAUAAAUGUUUUAAAGUGGUGUCUUAAAUGAAUCACAGAAGACACCUGCCUAAUAUACAAAGGCAAUGCACAAUAUCAGCGCUGCUAUGCCAAGUACCCCAUUCUUAUGGCUGCAUAACAUGUAUCACAAGGGACAGUUAGUAAUGCUUCUCCAACAGAUCUCAAAAUAGGCAGGAAUGUAUGGAGAAUGGUGGUCCUUCAAGGAGGCUGGUCCCAAGUUAUUUAGGGCGUUAUAUGAUAACAGUUGCACCUUAAAUUUGGCCAGAGGAGAUUCUUCAUCAUUGGUGUUGCAUGCUGUCAAGGAGCACCACCAAGCUCCUAACCUGCUACUUCAGAGACAAUAACCCUGGUCAGAAGAGGCAAGUUGGCCAACCCACAGAGCCUGCAUAUUGUCAGGAUUCCAGCUUAGUUUAUUGGCCCUCAUCUAGGCUACCACUGCACUUAGACCCAGGUCCAGGACUUGCAUGGCCACACCUGGUUCAUGGUGCUUUCCCAAUGUUGGACUCCAGUUUCCAUCGUCCCUGAGGCUGUUGGGAGUUUACGUCAGUGACCCCUAAAGGGUACCAAAUUGUUUACACUUAGUGGACUAAAUUGAGUGGGUUUAAUCUUCGUGUUAACAAGUUAGGAUGAUGAAGUUGGUGCAGAUUUGACUGUGAUGUUGUAAUUUCCAGAGAGGAAGGUACUGCUUCAAAUAGUACGUUCAUUCUCAACACUAGUUUUUUCAUUUCUGUAGGAGAAAGAUAUUUGGGUUUGCUGGGGGAAAUAAUGAGAAUGUUUUCCAAAACUCUUCCGCUGCUGCUUAAUGAUAAUUGGGGUCAAACAUUCAAAAAAUUCAGUGGUUAAUGGGCUUAGUGCAGUUCUUUGCAUCUGUUGUGUUAAAUAAAAACUGCUGUUUAGAGAGUGUCAUGCUACUAAUGAUGUGCAUGUCUGUUGGCAGGGAUAGUAAAGCCCUGAAAGAUGAAAAUCUACCUCCAGUAAUCUGCCAAGAUGUAGAAAAUCUUCAGUAAGUAUUUCCUGGGUUCUUGGAAUUCCAGAUAUCUUUUGUUACUGAAACUUACCUUGAAAGAUGUCUUGGACUAGUAAGAGUACUCUUUUGUUUACAGUUUCAAAAUACUUGGUUUUGACAGCUGUGGGUAUACUGUUCACAGAUGCUCUGAAGGUACCUCAGGUCUUGCUUACUUGAAGUCACUUCAGUAAAAUGUAACUGGUGGGUUGCAGGCUGGAAUCAGGCCACAAGGUGCUUCCGUUGGGCCCCUGAUAACUCCAUCAUAGCCUUAAUCCUUGUCCACUCUACCACAGCUUUUCCUGUUGUUUGGUGAUGUGAGGAGAGUUGUCUUGGGAGAGGGGAGGAUGACGGAGUGGGGAGGCAUAAGCUUCUCCCCUCUGUGCAGUGCCUCUCCCCAGCACAGCUCAGAUCUGAGAUUGCAGCUCAGGAGUGGGAAAGGUGGAAAUUGCUUUUCCAUGCUUUGCGUUAAGAAAGGGAAGUCCAUAUUGUUACUGUGUCAUACAGAAGACAAGCACUGAAUUGGCCAUGGAGAAAGAGGUGUGAGUGUAUGAGAGAGAGGAUGGGGGAGAGGGGUCUUCGUUGUGUUUGAGAUGUGGAGAGUGUGUGUGUGCACGCGUGCACACAUACACUUUAUCCCCGAACCACCAUCAGUACGCAGCCCUGACUACUUUCCUCUGAGAUUUCCCAGCUCUGAGGAGAGAGAGGUUCCUUAGUCUGUAGUUCUGAAGAGCUGGGCUUAGGGGCAUUGCAUGGAUUAAUUCUGUCUUCUGAUUUCUCCUCUCCCAGGAAGUUUGUAAAAGAGCAGAAGCAGGUCCAGGAAGAAAUUAGUCGAAUGUCCUCCAAAGCAAUGCUCAAAGUGCAGGAAGACAUUAAAGCUUUGAAACAACUUUUGUCAGUCGCCGCCAGUGGAUUACAGAGAAACACUCUUAAUAUUGAUAAGCUGAAAGUGGAAACUGCUCAGGUAUAAGCAACUCUGAUGGGGAUCACAUGCUAGCCUAAAGCUAGCAAAAAUGAUAAUAUUCCUAUCCUCCUGGAAAAUGCAGGUCUGCUUGCCUAACAGCUGUGCUGGGCAGUCCUUGAUUUGAAGCAGCUGAGAACUUUGUUUACCGUACAACUGUAACAGUAUAAUGUUUGCUGUCCUGAAAGGUUUUUUCCGUUAUACAGAAAACUCAUCACUUGGUAUCUGGCAUUGUAUCAUAUCUUCCCUCCAUGUGCUUUCCCUGUAGAGUUCACUUGGUCUACUCUUUUCCAGCUCCCAUCUAUUAGGUUUUUGAAGCCUCUGGGCAAAAUUUUAUUGCAGUGGUCCCCAAUUAAGUGCUGUGUCCCCUUGUUUUUCAAAACCCCUGGUCUAAAAUUAUAGUCUGAUUUGUAAUCACGUCCCAUUCCUUUCCCCCCUCCCAAUAAUAAUGAACAUGGUAAAGUUCAUCCUUCAGAUAUUAGCUAAUUAUCAGCAAUAAAUUGUUCAGUGAAACAGGUGUGUCAUUUUAUUGAACUGCAAGAAUUACAAGAGCCAUUUUUUUCCACCUCAUGUUUUUGUAGGAGCUUAAAAACGCUGAAAUAGCAUUAAGAACACAGAAAACACCGCCUGGCCUUCAACAUGAAAAUUCAGCACCAGCAGAGUGAGUACAGCCUUGCAUGUCUUGUCUAUAAUAAGUGUUUUUAUAUUGCACGUUGUAUAGUUAGUCAUAUAUUGUAUACAGGUUCAAGCCUUAUAUUGAAUAUGGGUUUAAUAUAAAAUACGCUUUUGUAUCUGCAUGGUUGGUUCACUCGGACUGUCCUGUAUCUCAUGCUAGAAUACUGCACAGGGAAAGUAAACUAAAUCUGAAUGUAUUAUUUUGAUUCCACAAGCAGAGUAUGAUAAUUGCUAUGAAUCCUUUGCAGAUAUAUGCUAGGCACUAUUUCUCUUUUGCACAUAGUUCUAAGGGAUCUGUCUUCUGAGCUUCUUUCAAAUAGAAAGUAAUAGUUCGAUUCUGGCUGGACUGAUUUCUCACUGUAGUGGAAGGUGUUUCCUGAGAAAUAAUUAGUUUUUUCCUUUUAAUUAGGGACAUGAUUUGAAUAUGGCCAAAAUAAUUUAGCUGGCUGGAAAGACAAAUUCUUUAAAUUGCCUUUUAAAAGAAAAGGUUACUGUAAUAUGGAAGGCUUUCCCUGGCUUUGUUAACAGGGAGUGUUUAUAGAAUCAUGGAAUUGUAGAGUUGGAAAGGAACCAUGUGCUUCAUCUAGUCCAACGCUUUGCAAUGCAGGAAUCUUUCUCUGAAUGUGGGGCUCAAACCUGUGGAUGCUGCAACGUGUCUGUGUGAGAACCUGAAAUUAAGAGUCUCACACUCUACUGAUUGAGGGAACUCGGUUUCUCCUCCCCUACUCGUGAUUGAGAGCAGUUAGUGUGUACACAGGUUAUUUGGGGGGGGGGGGGGGUUAUCCUGCUUUUCAGCAGAAAGGGCUUCCAGAGCAGCUUGUAUAAUUAAAAUAAGACAGUUCCUGCCCACAGGCUGACCAUCUGAAAGACAUGACAAAAAAAGAAAAGGGAAUUGGGCGGAAGAAAAAGAAAAUAAGCGAAUUCAUGCACCGUUUCUGAAAGUUUAAAAUUAGACGUGAAUACUUUCUGUAGAGUUCUUUAUUCACUCCCGUCAUUUAAAUGCUCUAAAAUAUACUUAAUUUAGCUACUUCAGGAUCUUGGUUGAACAGUUUGAAGUACAACUGCAGCAGUACAGACAACAAAUUGAAGAACUGGAAAACCAUCUUGCCACCCAGGCAAACAAUUCCCAUAUAACCCCACAAGGUAAAAAGUUAGUGAUUUCACCAGUUGCCUUAAUUGAUAUGUCAUACUGCACUUUUUGCAUCUGGCAGACUCGCAGGGAUUUGUGUUCAGAUGUUGCCAAGGCAGUAGAACAUGGACACACCUUAGUGUCGAUUUGAUUCCAAAUUUAGGGCCGAAGAUACAGAAGCUAACAUAAUUGCUGGGAUCCAUAAGGUGGGUUCACACACCCAGGACAGGGCUGGCACCAAAACAUUAUUAUUUUUUUCUUGCAAACAGCCGUCACAUAUAUGUCCUUUGACUACAGAACCCAAGCAUUUUUUUAAAAAUCUGAGCGAUCUCCCAGGAUCCCCUUGACCAAUGAAGAGAGGCUUAGAGGAGGUUUGAGUCUGUUUACAUAUUUCACUAUUAUUUGAGUUCCUGUAUCACUACAUUGAGGAUUUUGUACCAUACUUUUCAAGUGUGUACGUUAGUUGAAAUGAUGGCCUAAGUCUAAACUUCUUGUUUCAGAAAGAAAUAAUCUUGCUGAUAAAACAUCAAAAGGACUGUCACCUCCGUUCUCUGUAUGUUUAGAGACACCUUUUCUUCCCCCAUCAUAUUUUGACAAAUCCCCACAGCUUCCUUAAUGCGGUGGUGGCUUUAUGUGGUAGCUUUAUGGCAAAUUACAUGGUUUCACUGUGAUUUGUAUUGCAAUGUGACUUGAUUUUCAAAUUUCCCUGUCUUACAGAUUUAUCCAUGGCUAUGCAGAAAAUCUAUCAGACAUUUGUAGCUUUAGCUGCACAACUUCAAUCCGUACAUGAAAAUGUGAAGGUAAAGAUUGCUUUAUAAUGUGAAAUUGUGACAUGAUUAUCUGGCUUCUUUAUGGUGGGUUAAACCACAGAGCCUAGGACUUGCCGAUCAGAAGGUCGGCGAUUCGAAUCCCCGCGACGGGGUGAGCUCCCGUUGCUCGGUCCCUGCAUCUGCCAACCUAGCAGUUCAAAAGCACAUCAAAGUUCAAGUAGAUACAGUAGGUACCGCUCCAGCGGGUAGGUAAACGGCGUUUCCGUGCACUGCUCUGGUUCGCAAGAAGCGGCUUAGUCAUGCUGGCCACAUGACCCGGAAGCUGUACGCCAGCUCCCUCACCCAAUAAAGCAAGAUGAGCGCCGCUACCCCAGAGUCGGUCAUGACUGGACCUAAUGGUCAGGGGUCACUUUACUUUACUUUACCUUAUGUUGAUGAAUUGUUCUGGCUCCUAGUUCAGACUCGAGUGCCUUUUUACUUCCUGCAUUGUUGUAUCUUCUUAGAUUACUUUCUACUUUUUCUUUUGAAAUGGAACAUGUUGCUGAAAUGUUCCUUGAGGGACUUUAAAGCUAGGAGUUUUUGAAAGUUCUUUUUUUCAAAGGUCAGACAGUUAGUCUAGCAGCUGUUUCCUGAUGGCUUGCUAAAUUCAUAAUGUGAAGUUCUUUAAUUCUGAGAAUCAUGGGCUUUCAGAGGCACUGUUUCUUUUCAUGGUGCUCAAGUUACCAGGUAUCAUUCAAAAUAGUACUUGAUAAUCUUGAAUAGUCUUAUUUUUGAAGUGGAGCUGAUUCCUGUCUUCAUUUAUUGUGAGGUAGCCAGAUAUUUACAGUAGGUGUCGCUAUACACCUACUAGGCAUUUAAACUAGGGAAACCAAGGAUUAUUUCUGUUGCUAGUAGCAUACUGUAUUCUGUCACCUGCUGUGUUGAUAUCUACUGUGAGUUCAGCAAGGGAAAUCCUAGCUAGUUUUAUUGUAGAAGCAUAUUUAUAAAAAUUUCUCUCUUGCCUUUUACAAUAAACCAACUCAAGUGACUUGCAGUAGUAAAACACAAUAUAACAAAUGCAAUUAAAUCAAAAAGAUAAAACAGCAGUCCAGGUGAUAAAAGGCCAUUAAAACAUCUUGCAUACUACUAAACGCCUGAGAAAACAGAAUGAACUCUGCCCAGUUUUUGAAAGAUAAUGGAGUUGACAGCAGGCAAAUCUGUGGGGGAAGUUGCCUUUCUGGGUGCCACCACUGAAAAGGCCCUCUCUCUGUUAGUCAUUCAGUAGCGCCUGGAGAAGUGCAUUUCUCCAGAACCUAAACUGACAAGAAAGUUCAUGUAGCAGAAGAUAGUGGUGUAGAUAUUAAGGCUUUAAAGGUCAAAAUCACUCCAAACUGAGCCUGGAAACUGGAAAUAUCUAAACCUUCAACAUUUACUUAAUAUAAUAAGCCGCUUUGAGCUUAUGGAAAUGUAGAAUAUACUUUAAAAAACAGUACAUCUCUAGUAUUCUGGUUCUGUGGAUCACCUCUUAUCUUUAAUAACUGCCAAUGCACUUCAAGGCCUGUUUUCCAGUUUGUAGUGUUGCCAUUGUAAAUGUUAGCUCACUUGGUUAGAGCGUGGUGCUGAUAAUGCCAAGGUUGCAAGUUCGAUAUUCGAUAUUCCUGCAUUGCAGGGGGGUUGGUCUAGACCAGGCAUAGGCAAACUCAGCCCUCCAGGUGUUUUGAGACUACAACUCCCAUCAUCCCUGACCACUGGUCCUGUUAGCUAGGGAUGAUGGGAGUUGUAGUCCCAAAACAUCAUCAGGAUCCCUUCCAACUCUACAAGUCUAUGAUUCUAUAGCAAACCUUUGAAAACUGUAGGAUCAACUAAGAUAACCUUUGCUGUCUUUUUCAGAUGCUCAAAGACCAGUAUCUUGGUUACAGAAAAACCUUUUUGGGGGAUGCUGUGGAUGUGUUUGAGGCCAGGCGAAUGGAAGCAAAGAAGUGGCAGACGGCCCCGCGUGUUACUACUGGACCGACCCCUUUCAGCAGCAUACCAAAUGCCGCAGCUGUUGCCAUGGCUGCAACACUUACCCAGCAGCAACAGCCUGCUACAGGUCUGAGUGCAUUCAAGUUAUAGCUUUUAGUGUUAACACAAACGGUAAACUUGUACAAUGUUUUAUAUAAGGUCUUCCUUUGUGUUGGAAAUUAAAAAAAAAAAAUUGUGAGUAACAGUUCAUCAAAACGUAGGUAAUAGAAAAUGCGGGAUAGACUUAGCAAUAAUUAUAUACCCAGUAUUUAAUCUUGUGGUUUUUUAUUUGUAGUAGCUUGUUUACUGUAUUACUCAACCCUUUCAAAUGUGAGUCUUUGUCAUCUCUGAAUACACGUAGGAGAGCUUAUCUCUAAAAUUAUGACACUAUUGUAUAAACUUUCAAAUUUGUUGGGAAAUCCUAAUUCAAAUUUGUUUUCCAUUAUAGCACUUUGUAAUUUGAAAUUAUGCCUCAAAAGGUAGACGAAUGUAAGGACCAUUAAAAAUAUUAAGAGAGUUGAUUAAAGUAGUUCAGAACUGUGUAUAGAAAUGGGGGGCGGGUAACUGAGGUGUUGAUCAAGGGUGAGCAAAACAUGGGUAGAAAUUAAACAACUUGGGGAUGGAGAUGUUGACUUACAUUUUAUAAAAUACUCCAACAAGAUAUCUUAUUGACUGACAUAUGGCAGUCUAGGUGCUUGAAGUGAGAAGCUAGGUGGCUGCUUCUUUUAAAGUGCCUACCUUCCAAGGAGUUUGGGAUCUGCAGGUCGCAUUUAGAGAAACUCUGAAACUAGAUGACUUUGCCUAAACAUGGGUCUGAGCCCAGGUAGCAGUCUCCCUUCUGGACAUAUCAGAGAGUUUCCUUGGCUCUUGGUGUCCUGUCUCCAUCAACCACACCUUUGUGUUUCUGGUGCUGGGCAAAAAGCAACGCAGAGCAUUUCUACCUAGAGAGGUAUUAAAUGAGGUGCUGCUGUUGUAGUAUUGGGGUCUACAGGGUAUUUCCAGCUUUAACAUACAGUUAACUGUUGACAGCUGGAUACUAUAAUAAGUGAAUCCAAAUAGAACAUGAUGAGAUUGAAAGGAUUGCUACAUCCUUCUAGCUUACUGUAGCAACACAAUUUAUUCUUUCCCUAGAAUUGUGCCGAAGUAUGACAACUUUUGAAUGCAUUCACCAGUUGUUGCUGGUUUUUCUUAUGGAGGGAGGUUUGAAUCUGAUCUUUAACUACCAUAGUCCUCUAAAACCUUUUCCCAAAGCUGUUGAAGCAAUGCUGCCUAAACACUUUGUAAAAUUAAGGGGAAAGCACUUUACCUGAAGCCUGGUAGGAAACCUCUCUCAGAAUCCAAAAUAUCCUUCCUUGGAAGUGAAAUCCAUUGAUUCAGUGGAGCCUGCUUCCAUAGAAGUGUGUGAUGGAUUGCUGCAAGUGGGAUGGAUCCGAAGGACUGUUUAGUUUCGAUUUUCUUUUGCACUUCGGUAGCGUAAAGCAUAGAACAGAGCUUCUGUGAGUGGGAAGCAGCUGCCCCUUACAGAACAGAAAAGACACCUUUUGUAUCCAACCUUUUGCCUUUUCUUCUAGUACAAAGGCAGCAAGGUAGGGAAGCAAGUAUUUGAAUUUGUGCCAUCGCUGUAAAUUGUAUUAGGCCUUGAAAAGAGAAAAUUGCAAAAAAAAAAAAAAGAGAGAUAGAGGAGGCCAUUAAUUUGGAGGUGCAGCUGAUAAUGUUCUAGCAGUGUAUCCUAAUGGUAUAGCUGUAGAUGACUGUGAAUAUUGAAAGUGUCAACGGAAUUUGGAAGGGCCAUAGCUCGGUGGGCAGAGCAUACGCUUGGCAUGCAGAGGUUCUAAGUUCAAUAAAGGUUGAGGUUUUUGGGCAGCAGGGUUAGUAAAGCCUCAGACACUGGAGACUAGCUGCCAGCCACAGCCAUUUGGAGCAUUGGUUCAUAAGCAGCGGCUGUGUGGUUUUCCAUCAAAAGCCAAGAGGUCGCAAAAGGUAUUGCUCAUUCUGUGAACUAACUGGCUGUCUUCGAUUUGUGUUAAAGAAUAUUCUGUAACUUAAAUGUUAGUGAGGUCUGGUAUUUGUGAAGAUUCUUGUAUUUAUGACAUAGGGGAGUUUCCCUAGAAUAGAAAAGUAAACUUCCCUGAAGUAUGGCAGCAGAGGCCAUAGGGUUGGGUUUUUGGGGUUGUUUUUUUUACAAUCACGCUCCUUUCAGAAGUCAAACAUUCAGUGUUAAUGAGUUUUGCCAGCUGUAGGAUAUUUUCUUAACUGGAAACAAAUGCCUGUGAAAUGGUUGACUAGCUGGGAAUAAUGGUGACUGCUCCACUGUAGCGGAGUGCCUCACGUUCUGCUCAGCACAGGUUGUAUUAAAGCUGUUUAGCCUAGGUAAAGUAGGAAUUAAAAUAAUUAAUUUAUUGUCUCCUUGGAUAGCUGUGUCAUCAAGACGUUUUCAGGUAAAAAUAGUUUAGUGUAGUUACUGCCUUAAGUGUGUGUUGCUACUGACUAAGCAAUCAAGAUUUGAUUGGCUUACCUAAAAAGCACUUUGCCUUGCUGUGUUCCAACACCUUCUAGCACCUAAAGUUUUAGGGAUACCCUAACAUGUUACUGUCCAGAUGCUGUUGGACUCAUCUAUCUCCCAUCAGUCCCAACAGGCCUGGUCAAUGAUGACAGGAUUUGUAGUCCAGCAACAUCUGGAGAGCACAGCAUUGGCUACCCUGGUUUGUUAUGUCAUUUGACUCUGCAAAGGGUGCAAUCGCUGGAAAUAUUCGCUGGAAUGAAUGCCUCUCCAAAUCAUAACACUUCAUAGGACCCUGUGCUUGAGCUAGUUGUGUAGUUAAAAUCCAAUGUCUUGCCACAAAUUGGAGCUAAGCUAGGGUUAAUUCACUUUAUUUUGAAAUAGGCUUAGGGCAAUUUUGGUUGUACCUUUAUUGUCAGUACGAAGGGAUUUGAGCAAUGAUAUCUUGCAAACCUGGUAGGGAGCGUUGCUGAUGUUUACCGUAAACGGGCUCUUAGUAGUGAGCUCUAUUUAUUUAAACUAAAAUUGCUCCUUAGGAGAAAAAUAUAUAAUUUUUAAAAAAUAUAAUGCAGGUAAUUAUAGUUUAAACUAUUUCAUAACAUGUGAUCCAAAGGUGACAAUGUUUACUUACGUGUUUUGGCAUGGACUAUCUCUAGUGUUACCUAAGUUAUGUACGCCUAACUUUUAAAUGAGAAGUUAUUUGGUUUUCUGGCAGAGUCGCAUUAAUUCGAGAUUGCCAUUAAGUUGAAAGUUUGUCAGCUUUAACUACGAAAUCCUGUCUCCCCUCCCCCCCGUCCCCCCCGUAACUUGAAUAUAGGUCUGUUUUGAACUAUUUUAAAAAUCUAGAGUAUGCUUUUUAUGCAAGCUUGGCUUGGGGGACUUUGGUGUCAUCAAACUGUUUAAAGGUCUUCCACCAAUGGUGCCUCCUAGGAUGGAAAACUGAGACACUUCCUUUAAAAGAGAACACUGGACACUUUUUUUGUUAGAAGCCUAACUUACUUUGGAUUGGAAUUUUUUUAAGGAGCUGCUAGGUAGAGAGUAUAUCAAUUUGUUUACAUCUAGUUUCUAUCUGUCAAUGCAAUGCUUGUUCUAUGAAAAGAAUAAAACGUUAGAUCCUGGCUAAAUUAGUUGAACAUGGUUCUCACUGAAAUUGGGAGGAUAAAUUAGUCAAGACUUUCCUUACUUCCUACUCCUUUCAGUAGAAAUUAUGUUCAACUGGCUUGGUCUGGAUCUGACCCAAAAUCUUUAGUUAGUGUAUAGUGCAUACUUGGAAUACAGAAAGAACCUCAACUUGCCAAAUAAGUGCUAAGUACUAAUUGCAAGUUCACAACUCUAGUUGCCCUUUACAGCAUAAUUCUACCUUGAAUAUAACAACCUCAUUUUUGCAUUGGAUCACCUAAGGUCUGGAGAUGUUCCUUUCAAAAGAUGCAAUGCAGAACAGUGCCUUUUGCUUGAUAUUUGGCUAUCUGUUUAAUUAGCAGUUGCGAGAACUUGAAUCUCAAGUGUCUGUAUAUUUACAAGGCCAGAAGGGGACCAUGAACACUGUCUGAUUUGUACAAUACAGCCUAAAAAUUGUCACCAACCAUUUUCUUUUCUUUUCAAAUGGCAGUCAUGGUAGAUGAAUGUACUGUAAUGCAAUAACCAGGCAGAAGAACUUGACAAAUUUUAAUUGGGAAGAUCAAUAUCCAAAAAGGAAAAUUGAGAACCCCUAGAAUCCUGAGUAGCUUUUGAUAAUUAAAAAAAACUUGCUGGUAAUCAUAUUGCAAGUUGUCCUUUACUAGCAUGCAUUGGAGUCAUUGCAGGAAUACACAAAUAUACACACAGGCACAGUAUUUGAACUUGUCAAAUCCUUCAAGUUUAACUAAUGCACUCUUUGCUGUGCUUAAGGGUAGGAAUGCUGACUGUACUGUGAGAACUGUUAAGUAGCUUUUUAUAAGUUACAAAAUUAACCUCAAGAUAUUUUGUUAUAACUUAUUUAUAAUGAGGGGCUAGUACAUAGUUCCCUCCCCACCCCACCCCACACAGGACAAUGGGUUAAAAAUAUCCAUUUAAUCUUGGCAUAUAAGCAUGGAUUUUGGCAGUGUGCAUAUGUAGGGAAACCACUGUCUCUAAUCUUCUAAAUGAUGUUAGAAAUUUCUGAAUCUGAAAUCUUGAAUGUAUUGGUUAAGGUACACAUCUGUGCCUUUUCUGUAAAUGUUUAUUUAAGCAGGCAAAAUGGUUGUAAAUGUAGCAAAGUUCUAACAACUCAGUAACUUAUCAUUUUUUUGUGUGAACCAGUUUUAAUUGUCAUGUUUUGACUUGCUCUAAAAUGAUCAAUAAAUUUAAUAAAACAAAGUCAUUGUCUUGUGUUUUAUCAACUUGUUUCACUUUGUUUUUGGUGGGUUGGUUUUUUUUUAAAAGAACUUGGAUAAAAUACUCAAAUGAGUAUUUAAUAUCAGACAUUUAUAACGUGGUAAUUUUAACCAUGUUCCUAUGAAACUUGAUUUUUAAAGAAUCACUUCUAGCUGCUUGUAGGAUAUUCAGAUAUAAUUCCAGCAAGGAGCAGAAAUUCUAACUUACAUGCUGCGUUGUCAUAAUAUCAUGGUUUCAUGCUGUGGCGUAAUAUGCUAGGCUUACCAGUAGUUUGAUCUUGUAUUGCAUUUCGUAUCUUAAGAAAUUACUGAUUCGGAUGCUAAGAUAGUUUGGGGAGGAAUUAUUAUGAAAGUCUGGGUGCUUCAGAAAGCGUUUGUUAAGCUGUGAUUAUUUACUCUCUUUAAUGGAAGGGUUUACAUCAUGGAUCUCUGUUGCGAAAGAGUAAGGCAAGUUUUGUUUUCAUUUUUUUUUACACCAGGGCCACAGCCGUCUCUGGGAGUUAGUUUUGGAACGCCAUUCGGUUCAGGUAUUGGCACUGGCUUGCAAUCAAGUGGCUUAGGGUCUUCAAGCCUUGGAGGUACACUUUAACUUUUUCUAAUGUUUCACUGAAUUACUACUAUACAGCACUUCCUGAAUUGGACUAGGCAGCACGCGUCACCCGUAGAACUAAAUUCUUAAAUGUCUUAUGCUAAAUAAGCAAGAUCAAGCCCCGUAAUCCACAUGAAUUGAUACAAAAGCACCACCAGCCUCUGGUUCUGUACUCUCAACUUCCCCUUUUGGGUUAGAAAGUCUAUUGCAAUUGUAAGCACCCAUUGAGAGAGUGGGACAAAUCUACCUUUCUAGUCCUUAUUUCCCUAUUCUCAGCCAAGAUGAUUCAUUUGCAUUGCCAUCUCCAUCAUGCACCCUUCCACCUAAUCUGCCCUGAUCUCUAUGCUCAUUUGGGCAUCUGUUUGAUAGUGUGAGAUCACCAAGACUUUAUCCUUCUUAGAAUACAUCAAGGCAUCUCAUCUAAACCACUUCUAUUUAAACACACAUUUUGUGGGAUAGAAAUGACUGGUUGCCUAAAUGUAUAUUUAGGCUUCUGUUCUUUUGUGUUUGCACAUAGAUAUGCUUCUAUUAUUUGACAUGUGCCUUGAUCGUAGGGAAUAGAAUGCAUUUGGAACCUAAAUUAGUGCACGGUUCACAAAAAUAUAAUUUCACUGUUGUCGGUACCAGCUUUUUGGCCUAUUCUGUUUAUAUGUUUUAGGAUCUAUUCUGGGAAUUGGCUGGUACAGCACACACUUCAUCCCCUGUUGCUGAUACGCACAGAGAGGUGUUCCAUUUUCCUUUAUGCCUGAGCAACCAUGAGGUUGAUAGAUCUCUGCGGAUACUGUAGAAUAGCCACAGCAAAACUCCAUGUCAAGCAUGUGUUGCUAAACUGGUGCAUUGGCAAAUUCCCUUGAAGAAAUGACCCCUUUGCCAUCUCCUGGUCUUUAAAGUCUGCACAUAUUCUGUGCGUGUAAAUACAAGUUAUUGUGUGAGUGUGUACAGAAAAUCCAUGGAGAAAAGGAGAAUAAACCUAAAGCUGUCAGAAAUGCAACAAGAAGCGCUGGUGAAGAUACCCCACCAUAUAAAGUAGCUGAGAUUAGCUGCAAUAAUAGACUAGCAAACCGAGAGGUGCAAAAAGCAUUGUUAAAGGAUAUCAAAUCUUUUUAAACUUGCAUGAGCUGCAGCGUACUACUUUGCCAUUUGUGUUAGGUUUCGGUCAUGAUUCUCCCUUCACCUCCUGUUUCCAGAAAUGGAGGCGUAAGCACAGCUGUCUGUAGUUUCUGAGUAUACAUAUUCCUGUUGCUCAGUAAACUACCAGCCCUAUGUGGUGGGAGCAAGUGGAGUGUGAAACCGGCCUUCCUGAAGAGUUCUUGCCAGGUUAUUGCUAUUUCCAGCAAUGGGAGAUGCUCCACCCAUUUAUUGCCCUAAGUGGAAGUGUGGGAGUUGAGAUGCAAGACUUCCUUUCCAGCCAUGUUUGGGGAAGAAGGUGGGCGUUUUAUUGCCUCCUUAGUAAGAAGGCUGAUGUAAUCUUAUGCAUGCUUGCUUGAAAGCAAGUCUGCUGAUAUCAUAGCAGUAUUCUGUUUUCUUUCAAGUAAAUUCUAUAAUUGGGGGUAGAACCCUUGUCUCCCAAAGCAGAAAGUUGCCUCUCUACCACAAUAAUUGGAGGGAAUCUUACUUGUUAUUUACUCAACCUUGGGUUUGACAAGAAUGCCAAACUACCUUCUGUGUCUGCCACCAAAUGUCUAGUCCAACCCACUGCCUUCUGAAAACACAUCCAGGUUUGACAAAGUUAGUCCUUUAACUUAAUCAGUUGAACCUACUAUGCAUCUCGUUUCCCUAACUUCCCUAAUCUAUUAAGAGCAAUUGAAGAAUGUGUGUCUGCCUGCAGACUUUUCUAUUUAAUCAGACUUAAUAAUGAAGUCUUGUGCAGAUAAACCCCUUUUUUAACCUUCCCAUGGCAGUUCAAUAACAAUAGCUCCAAUGCUUCAGAGUAUAUGUUGAAGGGACAUUGCGGAAGGCCAAUUCUUGAAAGCAACCUAGCCCUGUGUGUAUCUUAACGUGUGUUCCCUGUCUUCACUAUUGUUCCACUAGGGUUUGGAAGUAGCUCUGCUUUUGGAAGCAGUGGCACGGGUGCACCAUCUUUUGGAUUUGGAGCUACAAAUAAGCCUUCAGGAAGCCUUAGUGCAGGUUUGUUGUGUUCUGAGUGUUAAGGUAUUAUAAGUUAUCAAUACCUAACGCAUGGCAUCCACCUUAGUCAUUGCAUUCAAAUCUUCUGUUUGUGGAAAUUAUAGUGUUCAGAAUGGUAUUAGAAGCGCCCAUCUGUGGAAAGAUAAUUUAGUAGAUUAGAAGAGUGCUUUUCAUUUCCUUCUCGCAAGCUCAGUAGUGCGAAUCCAUAGGCCCUUCCAAGGGAAUUUUGGGCUUGCUUUUCUCAAACACUGUCUCCCUCAAUGCUGCAUAGCAAAUCUUUCAAAAAUGAGGAAAAUUUGAACGGCAUUGUAGGGUAUGAUACGAUAGAUUUGCUAUUUAAAAGGAAGAAGUCAUUUCAGCAGCUUUAUAGAGACAUGCUAGCUAUAGAUGCAGCCAUCUAUUGGUUGGAAUGCAAUUUCGCAUACUAGCUUGUUUCAAAAGCGCCAAUUGCUGCCAGCUCAUUUAUUGCUAACUAAUCUAAACUAGUUAUUUCUCCAAACCACUUGCACACCUCUCAGUGAAGCGUUGGCUUAUGACAAUUGUUUUAUGCCUCUUAAUUGUAGUUAGGCAGUAACUUUGUAAGUUUACUUUUGAGAAAAGCAAAUCCUUAUCUAUUCUGGGUGCAUGUGACUAGCUGUAUGAUGGUACAUAUUCUAGCCUUUGUCCAUUAAAAGGACUUGAAGUAUCUGCUGCACUUUUGGAGUUAAAAGUAAGAGUUGUACCUAAUACGUUUCCCAAACUGGGUACCCCUUAGGGUGGGUAAGGUCAGGUUUUUGGAUUAUGUAGUCUUUACGUACAAACCACUUAAAUACAAAAGUAGCCCUAUUGGAAUAUGCUUAAGAACUUAACUGCACCUGCAGAAUCAACUACCCUCACUAUAGACUCUUCCUUCCUGCCCCACUGAAUGGCUAUCACCAUCAACUCAUGGUUGCAAUAUUAACUGUAUUUCCAGCUUAAUUAUUAAAUUCCUUGGAUGGGUUUAAUGUUAGGGUGGAAUAGAAAACGCUUAACAAGUAUUGACAAUAUGUGCAAGGAACUUUUUCUCAUCAGGUAGCUUCAUAGACUUGCUCCUCACUUCAUGUUAUUGAUUUAUUUACCGUUAGAAUAUUUCUAAUUUGUCCUUCAUUUAAAAGGCUUCCAGGGUGGUGUACAGAAGGGUGAAUAAAAUUAAUUUUCACAACAUACAAAUAGAAUUUCAAGCCAACCAAUAAAUGUAACGAAGUAAAACAAAGCUAAAAACAGAAUACCACACAAUUCCAAAAACCAUUUAAAAUGCCCUAGGCAAAUGGGAAAGGCUUCGCUGAAAAUCAGGUAAUAUCAGUGCCAAAUGUUCCAGAGUGGCACUCUGACAACCUCCUUUGUGAAAGUAUAACAUACCUCUGCUAAAGAUGGUACUAUCCAGAUUUAGUGUUUCUCUUAAGUAUCUUAGUUUUUCAGGACAUGCCAGGUCCUGUUUUCUGGACUCAUCGGAAAGGAAGAGAGCUUCUCUUCAUGGUAGAAGGGUUCUAAUGUGCUGCUUCAUUUAACACCUGGUUCUCUCUAGAAGCAGCACAUAAGGCCUAAGGUUUAUUAGUCCCAGUUACUGGGAUAAGAAGGGCUUCUGUUUUUCGUUUUUCUAAAUUGAGCUGUUGCCAUUCCUUUUCUGUUGUCUGGUCAGAUAUACUUGUAUAUGCAGGUGAUCCCAGUGUCUGGCUCAGGGGCACAAUAUGUAAUUGGCUCUGCCCCCUGAGCUGCCAGUUUCCAUUUGGCAUGACCACCCCACCUGGCUCCAGCUGGUGUACCUGUCAGUUCUAGUGAAGAAAAGAAAAAAGUAGAUCCCAUAAGCCCUGGCGUCUGUCCAUGCCUGGUUUAAAGAACCAGAACUUGCUUAUGACCUGCCUGAAAUUUAUUCCACAGCUUCAGUACAGUAGAUUGUCCCUAGCUGCCUUGGCUAGGAGACUGAUGUGAUCACAGCGUCUCUCACGUUCAAAUAUUUUCCCCUCCUCUACAAGGCUUUGGCAGUUCGAGCACAUCUGGGUUUAACUUCAGCAAUCCUGGCAUCACGGCAUCUGCUGGCCUGACUUUUGGGGUGUCCAACCCAGCCUCUGCAAGUUUUGGCACAGGAGGACAACUUCUCCAGCUGAAGAAACCCCCAGCUGGGAACAAGAGGGGGAAAAGAUAA